AUGGAUGUCUAUGCUCAGAUUUUAAGAUAUAUCAUCCAAAAAGGUGAGGAAGACCCUAAUAAUGUGCUUACAGGUAUCUUCAUUCGAGUCUAUCUCAAUGGUGAUCAGGAAUCUAGUGAAAUAGAGUUGCCUCUGAGCUACUCUGAAAUAGGUGAUCUAAUCGAGCAAUUAAAGGAAGCCGGCGUAGGUAGUGAUGAACCUAGAGAGGUACAAGUAAUAGGGCAAGGUAAGAAGCAUUAUUACAAAUAUAUAACAGCACUCAAACCGAAGAGUAAGGUUAAAAGGAGGCCUUUCAUUGUAGCCGAUAUAGAAACGGUUCUAGUCGAUGACAAUCAUGUACCUUACGCUGUGGGUUUCUUAGUGGUCCGGCCGGGUGAAGAUGUAGCUUCCAUACCUUAUUAUAUGUUAGAAACCUAUUUCAGUGAAGAUCAUAAGUCUUUUAUACCUAAAUUUGAGGAUAGGAGUAAUAGAAUUCUAUAUCUCUUUUUAGAGCGUAUAGAAGCAGUUGUGAAACAAGAUAAAUCAAUUCGAAGUAUUUACUUCCAUAAUUUAUCACGAUUCGAUGGUAUUAUAUUAAUUAAAUAUUUAGCUUCAAAAGGGGAAAGGUAUAAAAUAAAACCUCUUUUGAGGAACCAUCAAUUAUAUAAGUUAUCAGUGUAUCUUGGAAAGAAACUCCUCUUCACUUUCAAAGAUUCAUACACUCUGCUUCCUAAUAGUCUGGCUUCAUUGUCCAAAACAUUAUGCCCGGAAUUAGGUUCGAAAGGUUUCAUCCCACAUGACGAAGUGAAAGUGUCAAAUCUUCUUGAUAAGAGUGAAGAAUUGUUAGAAUACAUGAGACAAGAUAUCCGUCUCUUAGGUGGUGUUAUGCUUAAGGCUCAAGAUAUUUAUAGGAGUCAGUUUAAUGUUGAGAUCGAGAAACUCUUGACAAUAUCAGCGCUAGCUCUUUCAAUCUAUCGUACGAACUAUUACGAUCAAGAAAGUAGUCCUAUCCAUAUACCAAGUAGAAACGAAGAUAGUUUCAUUCGGGGUGGUUACUAUGGAGGUCAUGCGGAUGCAUAUAUACCAUAUGGUGAGAAUUUAUAUUAUUACGAUAUAAACUCUUUAUAUCCUUAUAUCAUGAAAGAAUAUCCUAUGCCGGGUGGUAAACCUGUAUGGCAGGGUCAUUUGGAGGACCAGGAUUUGUCCUCCUUGUUUGGAUUUAUUGAGGCAUAUGUAGAGUGUCCUAGUCAUAUUAAUCGACCUUUCCUCCCUUAUAGGGAUAAUAAUAAUACAUUAGUUUUCCCAACUGGUAAAUUCGUAGGUGUCUAUUAUAGUGAAGAGUUGAAAUUUGCCCGCGAUUUGGGAUACAAGAUUAUACCACUAAGGGGGUACUUGUAUGAGAAGAAGAUAAGUCCAUUCGAUAAGUUUAUAACAACCGUCUACGGAAACAGACUAGAAGCAAAGAAAAGAGGUGAUGAUGCUAUGGUAUAUGUGUACAAGAUACUAAUGAACUCGUUGUACGGUAGAUUUGGUAUAAAUCCUGAAAGUACUAUAACUAAAAUAUGCGAUAAAGAGGAAUAUGAAUCUUAUUUUUUAAUGGAUGAUUUUAUUUAUGGGGAUAAACUGAGCGAUAAAUAUUAAAAAGUCUCUUACGUUAGCAAUAAAGUAGAUGUAGCCGACUCUGAGUGGAAUCCACCCCGGAUAUCGGCUGUUCAAUUGUCCGCUGCUAUUACUGCUUGUUCUCGUAUUCAUAUGUACCCAUUCAUAUCCAGACCCGACUGUUACUAUACGGAUACAGACUCUGUAGUUCUAGGAAGUCCUCUUCAAGAAGAUUUAAUCUCUUCCACGGAAUUGGGUAAGUUCAAGCUGGAGCACAAAGUCCACAAAGGUUACUUCUUAGCACCUAAGGCUUAUGCCUUAGACAUGGGCCAUGAUGACCCUAUAAUUAAGUAUAAGGGUCCUGCUAAAGGCUCUGUCAAUUUAGAUUGGUUUGUGUUACAAUACAAGGAUCCUUCUCUAAUAAAGGUUGUCGACAUUGAUUCGUCAUUCAGUAUAAAUUGGCAUACACUUGAAAUAGGCAAAAAGGAGUCCCAAUACCGCCUGGGAACCCCUGCGAGUUCCAAAAGAGACCCUGUGUAUGAUGAGAACAAUAAGUGGAUAAACACACUACCUAAAGAAGUAAUUGACUUUUGUGGUCAAGAUAACACUAUUCUCAAAUUAGUGUUAAAAGAAGAAUCUAUAUAUAGAGAGCUGUUAACCGAAAAAGAUCAGGAAAUCGUCAAAUUAAAGCAAGAAUUACAUAAAGUGCUUGCCUAUAAAGAGCAAGAUGUUGCUAAACAUCAAUCAAUGAACCCAUCCUCGGAUGCUGCUGCUAAUCUUCCUGAUGCACCGCGCACUGAAUCUCCAACCGUAUUAGACCAACCUACUCUGUACAAGGACCCACCCAACAAGGUGAAUAAAAAGAACAAGGUGAAUAAAAAGAAUGCUAAGAAAAAAUCAAAGGAUGAUGAUACCUAA